AUGGCAUACGACGCCAGCAUGAUCAAUCAAUUGUUACUUAGCCAAAGCUUUUAUGAAUACUUCCGACUGAAUGCAGCAUACAUCGGGUUGAAUGUCGCCAUCGUGAAUGUAGGAAGCUUCCUCGCAGGCCCUAUCGCCGGGGUCUUGGUAGACUGGGCGGGCCGCAAGAAGUCCCUUGCCGUAGGCAACAGCAUUGCCGUUGUGGCGGUAAUAACCCAAGCUCUCGCAAAGAAUGAACCUACACUUCUUGCCGGUCGGCUCAUUCUUGGAAUGGCCUUCAUCAUUAAUAGCGUUGCAGGACCCUCGUUGGUUGCCGAAUCCACUCCAGGCCCCUGGCAUGGUUUGUUGACAAACUACAUCAGCCUCGCUAUGCCCGUCUUUGGAACUAUCAGUGGAGCUGCAAUAUUUGGAGUUUACCUUGCCGGCUCGGACUGGGCAUGGCGAGGUGCAAUUCUGGGAGAGCUUGGUGGCCCGAUACUGGCCAUCAUUGGGCUAGCGUUUGUACCGGAGUCUCCUCGUUGGCUGAUCGACCAGAAUCGAAAUGACGAGGCCCUUGAAGUACUUUUGCGAAUGCACCCGCCAAGUGCGGAACGGGACGUAAUCGUGGAGGCUGAAUAUCAACAGAUGCUCCAGACAAUCCACUUCGAAAAGCAGUCUGAAGAGUCAGGCGCAAGCAGCAGGGGAGCUUUGGUCAAAACAGCAUCCGAUCGUCGCCGUUUCGCUAUUGUGGUUUUGACGAACAUCUUUUUCCAAAUCUCCGGCUCAAACACUUUCCCGUACUUCUUGACUCUGGUCGUACAAUCUGCCGGUAUCGUCGAAGCACGGACAACCCUUCUCGUCAACCUUGGUUUGUGCAUUUGGGGCUGUUUCGCCGUUGCCUUUGGCGUAUGGUUCUCCGAGUAUUUUGGUGCAAAGCGUUUCUUGCUUGCGAAUACCGCUAUCAUGACACUCUGCCUGGCUAUGUUGGCGCUCCUCGGCGCCUUGGGUAGUACCAACCCUCAAAAUCAAUCAAGCUUUGGAAUUGGUGCUGUGGUGAUUAUUUUCAUCUUCCAGUUCGUUUCCUUCAGCUCUUGGAUGAUUCUCAACUACACCUAUCCGCCACGGAUUCUCCGGUUUGGUCAGCGAGCGAAAGGCUUUGCCCUGGCGCAAGCGACAGGAUUUGCCUUCUGCGUCAUGAUGACCUACAUACUUCCUGUUGCGCUCGAGAAAAUGGGUUGGCGUUUCUACGCGACCAACGCAGCCUGGAACCUAGGGAUUCUCGCGAUAAUAUGGUGGCUCUUCGUUGAAACCAAAGGAAAAACUCUCGAGGAAAUCGACGCCUUAUUUGAGGGAGUCGUGCACUUCGAAUCGGGUGCCGAGAAGCUGAAUGCAACUGUCAUUGAGGGCGUGGAAGAGAUAGCUGAUGGCACUUCAAAGAUCGAGGCUUCCAGGAAGAUGAAGGAAAGUAGUCCAAACCGACAGAUUUCACCUGCCCAGUGA